AUGGAUACUAUUUACCUCGGAAUUCUAGAGCCGGCCAUGGAUGCUAUCGGUUACCUCGGCUACGAUUCUCCCUUGGACGAAAACAAUGUGAGUGGCUCCUGCCACUUUACAGACGCCAAGUCGGACGGCGACUCGGAUUUGUUCGGGUAUUACGGGCUCUCCCCGCAGAGAUGCCCCGUUUGCGCAUCGACUCUGGGAUUGCGGUGCUGCCCCGGCUGCGAAGUUGUCAGCUACUGCGGCUCCGCGCAUCAAGCGACCCACCGAGCCAAGCACAAACAAGUCUGUAACGCCAUCAAGAGGACUCGACAAGCUCUUGAACGUGAGGAGACGACACUCAAAAGUACUAGUCAUCCCCGGGUCAUUGAGAAUGUUUUCAAAGAGGGCGUCUUUUACCCGGACUUUUGGUCGCGCCCAACCACUCGAGGCUACAUGAGGGCUCGGCUAUCCGCCGCUGACGCCCUCCUCAAGAUUGACACAGCCCCCGCUGUAGAGCAGGCACUCGAUCAUUUCACAGACAUGAUCCGCCUUAACCGGAUGGAUGACUUGCGUGUACGCGACUUCAUCCCUGGCCUCUUACUACGACUUGGUCAUGAACAGGAAUGCUACGACUUUCUCAAGUGGUGGGCAACCGUGAACGACAGUGCUGAUACGACCCGGCCAUAUCUGAACAUUCACAAUGCCGAUGCCUUUGAGCCUGUGGACAUGUUCUGCUCACGAACCGCGAAUCUCAGCCAUCUCGUCAUGCUCACCCUUUUGAAGUUGCGCCUAUCCCUUGAUCUUCAGGCAUACGAGACAAGAUUUGAGUUCGACACGGUUCGAUCCGACCGGCCCCUGGGAAAGCUGGUGCGAUCAAGAGUCCGGCACAUGAGCCCACAGAGGAUUGCAAAAACCAGCACGGCAUUGACAGCUCAGUACCACAGGCUCUGCCGGGCCGUGAACGACAGGAAUCCACAUUUUUGGGAUGCCUUGAUUGAUGGAGGAACAGACGUUUCGAUCAUGCCCCAGUCCUACAACCCGGGCCCUCUGGAGGAGGCGCAGGUGGCUCUGCAUCAAUGCAAGGCAGCUUGGCAGGAGAGCGAGGAUGCGCUUGUGAUGCUCGAGGUGGAUACGUGCCCUUUUGUCAGCGUCUACAGAGGUCCGACCACCGUCGUGGCCGCGGGCGACACUCAAUAUGCGGCUCCAGCACAGACAGCAGCGAACAUGGAGAUAAGGCGUGGUGCGGGAUCCGUAUUUCCAACGCAGUACAACUCUCCAGAAACCUUCGCCGCAACCAGUGUUGGACACCUUGGGGUCGUCUGGUUUGUGUCCAUCAGCCAACCAGGGAAGGUACUUGUGUAUGUCGACGGCGCUUGUACGAACAACGGACAGGCGAAGCCUCGUGCAGGCUGGGCCGUGGUACACGGACCUGGCGAUGUUACGUUUGGUCGGCUCGAGGACAAAGGACCGUUCGGGGAUGACAGUGUUGCAACGAGCAACCGAGCGGAGCUUCGGGCGGUCAUCGCCGCGCUGCGCCUCUGUGACUGGCAGACCGAGGGAUUCAACAGCCUCGUCAUUGCAACAGACUCGACCUAUGUCGUUGAUGGAGCCACAGGCUGGGCCAGGGGCUGGGUACGCAACGGACGGAAAACACGCACGGGUGCCCAUGUCAAAAACAAAGAUCUGUGGGAGCUAUUAUUGGGCGAGACGGAGCGAUGGUGGGAUCGAGGAGAGACGGCCGUAGCUAGGAGCGACGAGCCCCGGUUCAGAGACGUCACGAUAGAGGCUGGUCGGCAGACCGCUCCUCAGACCACUACCCUAACCGUCAACACUAGACUUGGGUCAAACCCCCGUAUCCUUGCACUCUGCCUCGAGUAUGAGGAUCUCUUCGACGACUGUUUUGGGAGCCUCGUCUCGCAACUCUAUUCCAAAGCCAAGAUGGAGCGAGCCACGACUACCAAGACAGCCCUCCAGGUCCUCAACCAAAACCCGCCUCCCUCAGUAAUCCUUGUCACCGACGGAGCUAUAACACGCCAGAAGGAGGUCUUUGAGCGCGUCGUAGACCGGCUCCACGAAGGGGCCACUGUAGUCCUGGCGGGAUGCUUCAGCAGCAAUGUCACUACGGGGCAAUUCGAUCGCUUCUUCGCUCGGAUCGGUCUCCCUUGGCGGCGAGGAAAUUAUCGCCGGAAAACAGUCAGCCUGCGCCAACAACUUGGUAACAGCGGUUUAGCGAACCAGCUUCCGUCAGCAUACAGCCAGAAGGCCGUCUUCGUGAAGAACGUAGGCAAGUCGGCGGUGUGGUACAGCGAGGGGGGAGGUUCGGAUAUGGCGGCGGUUGCUUUCACGAAAAUUGGUCUGGGCAGACUCGGCUAG